AUGGCCAUCCUUUCAAAACUGCCAUUUGAGACGGAUUUGGGUAGAUACCAAGUAUUUAGGCUUCGCAAGAAGGCGGAACACUUUCUUGUACUUAGUGAUACGCUCUACUUAAAUGUUAGAGAAGGACUGCACAAAAAAGUGUUCUACAAGACCCGGGUCGAUAUUAUGGCAUUAGAGGUUAAAAGACCUCAUGAUACUAACCAUUACGGCCAUAAUAGGAUGUAUGAAUUAUGCAAGGAUUAUUUCUUUACCAUACCCAGAACUAUUGUGAGAGAUGUUGUUGCAAGCUGUGAUACUUGUAAAACAUUACAGCCUUUAAAGCAGAAAGAGCCAUUUAAGCGUGUUACGGCCACCUAUCAUUAUGAAUACAUUAUGAUAGACUUAAUCGACCUAAGAGUUAUAAAACAACAAACCUAA